GAGACUUCAGGGUGUGGAUAAGCUUUUUUCUUGUGCUUUGUUUCCAACACAUACGUUUGAAAGCAAUGCAAGUCACCUCUGAACAUUGUCCUAUCAUGAGGGACACUUUGUGAUUGCUUCUCUUGUUCUCUUCUGCUACUUCCAUUUUUCCACCCAUGGCGGCUCUCACUUCUCUCUCUUUCUCAGCACUGAUUCAUUCCUCAGAAAGAAAAGUGACCCUCUCUUCCACUCGUUUUCUGGCUUCUUGUUCAGAACUCUUGGGGUUCCCCACCCAUUUCUCGUACCAUUAUGUGGAUGUUCGAGCUUCUAACUCCUCGUCUAAGAUGGUUGUUCAAAGCAUGUCUUCUGCUUCAGAUGUUCCUACUGUUUCUGAGUCAAAGUUAAAUUUCCUCAAGGCAUAUAAGCGACCAAUCCCUAGUAUCUACAACACCACACUGCAGGAGCUCAUGGUCCAGCAACAUUUAAUGAGAUACAAGAGAUCUUACCGCUAUGACCCUGUGUUUGCUCUUGGUUUUGUCACUGUAUAUGAUAAACUCAUGGAAGGGUAUCCUAGUGAUGAGGACCGAGAUGCCAUCUUCCAAGCAUACAUUAAAGCAUUGAAGGAAGAUCCAGAAAAAUAUAGAAUGGAUGCACAGAAGUUGGAAGAGUGGGCUAGGGCUCAAAACUCAACUACCCUGGUUGAGUUUUCAUCCAAAGGAGGAGAAGUUGAAGGGAUGUUAAAGGAUAUUGCAGAAAGAGCAGGAGGAAAGGGGGGAUUCAGUUAUAGUCGUUUCUUUGCAGUAGGUCUCUUUCGGCUUCUUGAGUUGGCGAAUGCAACAGAACCAACAAUUUUGGAAAAGCUUUGUGCUGCUUUGAACAUCAACAAAAGAAGUGUUGAUCGGGACUUGGACGUGUAUCGUAAUCUGCUUUCAAAGUUGGUUCAAGCAAAAGAGCUGCUAAAGGAGUAUGUUGACAGGGAGAAGAAGAAAAGAGAAGAAAGGGCUGAACCACAAAAGACUAACGAGGCCAUCACACAAUGUUUGGGACAAGAAUUGCCUGGUCUGUAGCUAUGGUCUUCUGAAACGAUCUCCUAGUGGAGACUUCUUAUCCUUGACAUGCUUUUUUGUUAAUCCAUUAAUGAGUUGGAUAAGCAAAGUCAACACUUCUAUCAUCUUGAUUUUGCAGAGUUUUACUCAUCUAAAGGGUAGGAUGUACUUCAGGAUAAAAUAUCGUAAUAACAGUUGAUUAAAAAAUAUCAGAUUGAGAUUUAGAUAAAAAUACAUGUAAAUGUUAAAUAAAUUGCAAGUUGUUAUAAUCUCAAAUUUUUAUUUUAUAGUUAACUGUUAUUUACUAUACAACUUUUUUUGUAUAAUGUUUACUGCACUUCAAAUAAAUCAAAUUCUUGAU